UUCUUCCUCUCUCUGCCUCUGACCCCUCCUUCUCCCACUCCUCUUCCCACAUGCUCGUACUCUGUCCUCAUGAGCUGGUCCCCAGAAGAAUGCAGGGAGCAGGGAGAACCCCCCAGUGACAGACACACCCUCUGUGCCAGGCUGGUGGAGAAGCCCAGCAGAGGGUCUGCCGAGCACCCAGAGUCCGGCCCGGGACCCAUCGUCACCCGGACGGCCUCAGGACCUGCCCUGGCCUUCUGGCAGGCCGUGCUGGCCGGGGACGUGGGCUCUGUCUCCCACAUCCUCGCCGAUUCCAGCACUGGCCUGACUCCGGAUUCCAUCUUUGAUACCAGUGACCCAGAGCGAUGGAGGGAUUUCCGCUUCAACAUCCGCGCUCUGAGACUCUGGUCUCUGACGUACGAAGAGGAGCUGACCACCCCGCUGCACGUGGCCGCCAGCCGGGGCCACACGGAAGUUCUGCAGCUGCUGCUGAGGCGGCGAGCAAGGCCUGACAGCGCCCCUGGGGGCCGCACCGCCCUGCACGAAGCCUGUGCCGCGGGCCACGCUGCCUGUGUCCACGCGCUGCUGGUGGCCGGAGCCGACCCCAGCAUCCCCGACCAGGAUGGAAAACUCCCCUUGCACCUCUGCCAGGGGGCCGGCGCCCUUGAGUGUGCGGAGCUGCUCCUGAGGUUUGGGGCGAAAGUGGAUGGUCGGUCUGAGGAGGAGGAGGAGACCCCUUUGCAUGUGGCCGCCCGGCUGGGCCGUGUGGAGCUGGCAGACCUGCUUCUGAGACGGGGGGCAUGCCCUGAUGCCCGUAAUGCCGAAGGCUGGACCCCACUGCUGGCUGCCUGUGACGUCCGCUGCACAUCCCCCGCCGACGCUGAGGCCACCACCGCCAGCUGCCUCCAGCUCUGCUCUCUGUUGCUCUCAGCCGGAGCCGAUGCGGAUGCUGCUGACCAGGACAAGCGACGGCCCCUGCACCUGGCCUGUCGCCGCGGCCACGCGGCCAUCGUGGAGCUGCUCCUAUCCUGCGGCGUCAGCACCAACGUCAUGGACUAUGGGGGACACACGGCCCUGCACUAUGCUCUGCAGGGCCCAGCUGCGGCCCUGGCCCAGAGCCCAGAGCACACGGUGCGAGCUUUGCUCAACCACGGUGCUGUCCGCGUCUGGCCUGGGGCCCUCCCCAAGAUGCAGCCUCCAACCCUUGAGCACACGAGUAAGUUCUUCUUUCAUCAAGUAAGCAAAGCCCAAAAGGGGGCAAAGGCAAGGAUGGAGACCGGCAGGAGGGGUGUGUGUGUGUAGGUAUGUAUGCACGUGUGCAUACACGGGCUCCCGCAUGCAUAUGCACGCAUGUGUGCAUGCACAAGUGUAUGCGUGUGUGUUGAAGGUGGCCUGAGCGCAGGAGGUCAGAUUAUCAUGCAUCUGAAAAGACAGGAGCCAGGACUGAUGUGGGCGUCAGGGAGUUGUUUCUUCAUCCGGGGAGCGAGCUGAUGAGAGGAACAUGCAGGAGGCUCAGCCUGGCAGUGGGAUCCAUUCAGUGAGACACUCUGCACAGGAGAGGCUCCCCCAGGGCAGAGCGAUGAGCCUGGGUCAUGAGGUUCAAAGCUUCCUGACCUUUUGCAGACAGACAUAGUCCUUGUUUCUGAGAGCUUAGCAUCACCCAGACCAGCAGCUGCUAUGCUGGCACUAGAGAAAAAGCCUUUCGCUGUCAAUUUCCUGGCUGUAUCUCAUUUGAUUAACAUAUUCCCAAAGUGGGUUCAACUUGAAGACCUGUGCUCCUAGAUGCCCUCACAGGGGGCCCUGUCCCAUACUGCGUCGUAUCUGGAGGGGGCCUUAUAAUGUCCAAGGGUGCUGGGACUGGGAUGGGGACCCCUGUUCUCUGAGGAGCUGGGUCAGAACGGAUACAGGGUAGCAGGCUGUGGGCAGAUCCUUCUGCGCCAUCUCGGGGCUUGAACUGUCCAGCCCUGCCCGGUCCUGGACACUCCUCUCCUGUCCCUGCCUUUCGCCUCCACUCACAAACCUAGAAGCAUCAGUCUAGAUUCCUAAGCAAGACCAAAUAAUUAAACAGCCCGAGAGUUCGGCAGAUUGGUCUCCCCUUUGGGAAAAUACAAGGAAAUCAACAAUUAACACUAAUUAAUCUCCUAUUAACACCAGAUAAUUAGGAGACGAGCAAUUCCCUGUAAUCUGACGGUGGCUCUGACAACUAAUGAUUUCCCCUUUGGGGAGGGGGUGGGAGGAGGAGGCAGAGCAGCAGAAGGAUUUCCCAGGACCCCACUGCCCGCCCCCGCCCCCAGCCCCGAUCUGCCCUGCCUUAGGGACCAGGGGGGCCGGCACAGCCAAGUGCCCCAUUCCUCCCCUUCGAUUGGGUGCCGCGUCCCAGGUGCUGGAAAAGUUCAGGAGGGAGUCUUCCUCC